AUGGAGCCCUCGGCCACCCCAGGGCCCCAGAUGGGGGUCCCCACUGACAGCGGGGAACCAUCCCCGGUGCCUCCAGACUACGAAGACGAGUUUCUCCGCUAUCUGUGGCGUGACUAUCUGUACCCGAAGCAGUACGAGUGGGUCCUCAUCGCCGCCUACGUGGCUGUGUUCCUCGUGGCCCUGGUGGGCAACACACUGGUCUGCCUGGCUGUGUGGCGGAACCACCACAUGAGGACGGUCACCAACUACUUCAUCGUCAACCUGUCCCUGGCCGACGUGCUGGUGACGGCCAUCUGCCUGCCGGCUAGCUUGUUGGUAGACAUUACUGAAUCCUGGCUCUUCGGCCAUGCCCUCUGCAAGGUCAUCCCCUAUCUACAGGCCGUGUCUGUGUCAGUGGCAGUGCUGACUCUCAGCUUCAUCGCCCUGGACCGCUGGUAUGCUAUCUGCCACCCCCUGCUGUUCAAGAGCACUGCCCGGCGUGCCCGUGGCUCCAUCCUGGGCAUCUGGGCCGUGUCGCUGGCUGUCAUGGUGCCCCAGGCUGCUGUCAUGGAAUGCAGCAGUGUGCUGCCCGAGCUAGCCAACCGCACCCGGCUCUUCUCUGUCUGUGAUGAACGCUGGGCAGAUGAUCUCUAUCCCAAGAUCUACCACAGUUGCUUCUUCAUUGUCACCUACCUGGCCCCGCUAGGCCUCAUGGCCAUGGCCUAUUUCCAGAUCUUCCGCAAGCUCUGCGGCCGCCAGGUGCCCGGG